UCAAAAAUGGCGAACAGAAGACGGUCAGGCACUGCAGUCCUUCCUUCCAAACAUCUACCUCCAUCAUGAAGCUCACACUGCUCGCCAUUGCGGGCGGCUCCUUGGCUAUCAGCGCCGCCGUUUCUGGCGCAGCUCAGAUUCCCCUCGAGAUGACGCGCAGAUCGACGAGCCCUCCAAGCUUCGCUCACCUCCUCAAUGACGGCAAUGACUACCUCGAUGCCUCGCUGCACAACCCCAAGUUUCAGGUUCAAGGCCAAUACUCGGCUCGUUACACUGUUCAGUCAUCCCUUCCCGACUCCUUGCCCUCGGGCUGCGCCGUCACCCUCGUCAACUCACUGGAACGACAUGGGGCGCGCUACAUGACCAACGGCUCCCUCAAGUCGGCCAAAGCUACCCUCGCAAAGAUCAAGGCAAGCCUCUCCGCCUCAGGAGUAGACGCCAAGAAGCUACCAAAAGAGCUACGCUUCCUUGCUGCAGAGGAGCUGCCCUUGCUCACCUCGACCGCAGACCUCGUGCCCUACGGAGCACUGCAGUCCUACCUCUCUGGCCGAUUCACCGCGCAACACUACCCCGAUCUCGCUGAAUCAAGCAGCGCCUUUGUCCGUACGACGGGAACAGAAGAGUCGGACCGCGUCAUCGUCACCGCAAAGUACUGGGCUCUGGGCUUCUCAGGGCAGCCUUUCCCUUCACUCCCGCUAACCGACGGCGCUACCACUCGCAACGCCGUCGCUGGUGGCCCGCAACCAAAUGUGGUCAUCUCAGAGGCUUCGGGGCAGAACAACACGCUGGAUGUCUCGACCUGCCGAAAUGACGAAGAUCUCAAUGGAGAGGACGAUGCCAUUGCCGCUUACGGAGCGUCGACGCUGAUGCCUCGCAUUGGUUCCCGCCUCGAGAAGGCCUUCAACAAGGCCGGAGCCAGCAUCAAUCUGACCACAUCAGACAUCACGAGCCUCGGCGCCCUCUGCCCCUUUGAGACGUUGGCCCGUGCAAACGUCACCGAGUCGGGCCAGCUUGACUUGGACGUCUCGCCGUACUGCUCAGUGCUGCGGGACGACGAGUGGCCCCUGUACGGAUACGCAGUCGAUGCGGGCAAAUACUAUGGCUCGGGAUACGGUGACCCGUACCAUCGGGGGAUCGCCACUGGGUACUUGAGGGAGCUCCUCGCCCGCUUGACGGGCGGCAGGCCGGUGAUUGAUACGCCCUCUGCUAUCAACACGACGCUUGACGGGAGCGAAUCAACUUUUCCCAGCACUCCCGCAGGCAAAGACGGCAACGCCCCACGAAUCUACUUCGACGGCACUCACGACAACAAUGCGUCACCCAUUGCGGCUGCUUUCGGCCUCUUCUCCAGCCCGGGCAACCUCAGUCUCGCUGCUGAUGCUCAGGAUACGAGAGAAGGACGCAAUCGUGCUUGGAGGUUCAGUCGCAUCGCUCCAUUGCAGGGGAAACUUGUGUGGGAGAGGGUUGAGUGCAAAGCACAAAGGGGGAAUGUGGAGCCCGCUCGCUAUGUGAGGGUCAGGGCGAAUGAGGCCGUGCAGCAGGCAAAGAGUGCGCCGUGGUGCCCUGCCGCAAAGAACGCGUCCAGCGAAGAUCGUAAGAGAAUUGAGGCAGGGCUUUGCCCGCUUGACGCUGUCGUUCGGGGGCUUGACUGGGUCAAGAGUGGUGACGAGUGGGCGAAGUGCUUCACGUGAGAGCUGGGGAGAGUGGGCGGGCAGGCGGACUCCCGCCUCGACGAGGAGGACAGCGAUAGCUUUGGCGGGAACGGAGCGUCGUUGGAAACAGG